AAUGUUCUCGCCAUGUUUUCUAACAUUUCGCAAAUACAAAUAAUUUUGGUAAUUAUGACCGACCUAAAAUAACAGGUGCUUGGUCAGAUUUUACUUUGGACAGUGAGAAAAAAAAUAUGCAUGUCUCUUUUUAUAUGUCUAUUGAGUCAUGUGCCCCAAGUGGUGGUGUUAAAAACAAUUAAAAAAUUUCUUUACUCAAGUUUUUUUCUCCACACUGAUUAAAAACAGCCAAUUAAAGUCCUAAUUCUUUAAAAUUACAUAAGAUUACUGCAGCAAAAUCAGAUUUUUUUUUAGGGCUUUUUACACCGAGGUGACCAUCUCCAUGACUAAAAAGAUUAAAAAUGGUUGCGACAAUCAACGAGGAUUACAUCUAUUUUCAACUUGCUCUGAACUGUGUUUCACUUCAAUGAAAGCAGUUCAUUCGGCUCUUUCCGUGAAUUAAUGUCUGUGCAAUUAUCUCAUGACACUAGGUGGCAUCCGACAGCUGCAGUUAGGGACUUCUGACUGCCCAGUCUCUCCAUAGCCAGAAGUGUUUGCGUUCAUUUAGGAAAUAAUGGGCUUUCCUUUAAAAAAAAAUAAAAAAAAUUACAUCUGCUGCAGAAAGGAGAUGCGCUUUGACAGCAUGUGUUGCAGCUAAAAAAAAGCCAGAACAAGUGCACACACUAACACACCCGCAACAGUGAAAGAACGGAGGACGGACGAAGGUAUAUGGACGCCCCCGUAUUAUGCAAAUCCCAAGCCCCCGCACAGCUGCUGCCAGGCCGGCCAUUCCUCGCGAUGACUCCGCCCCUCCCUGAGUCUACGUAACCAAGCCGCGGUGACGUACGGAUGCCUCUCUUUCCUACACUCUGCAAAGCAUCAUCAAAAUCACCAUCCAUCAAGAACCGAUUCAUCCCCCUCAUGCUCACCCCCUCCUCCUUUCUCUCUCUCUCCUUUCUCUCUCUCUCUCCUCCUUCGUUGUCUUUUUAAUGUAACUUCUGGAUGAUCGGGAGAGCAGGGAGCGUCUGGAGAGCCUGGUCCGGUGACUCCAUCUCUGCUGAAAGAUCCACUCGCAAGGCAUUCUGCUCAUCAUAGCUGGACACACGGACUGGAGGGGAUCCGUUUGUGGAAUAACGCCGCGCUUUCCUGUGGAUUUCAGUUAUGUUGAUUUUUUUUUUUACCUCCUGGAUGUUGGAGCGCAUCAGACCGCUCUGAGUGAAGCGGUCUUCUUGGAUUUUCAACGACUGUUUAUUUUAGUCUCACAUUAUUAGUAGUGUUGCACCUCGGUGAUCCAAUGAAGGCAGUUUCAAAGCAUCUAAUGUGACUAUAAUUUUUGUUAAAAAAAAAAAAAUGUCGGAGUUUCUUUAAGAGAUUAAAAUCGCGUGUGUUAAAAAUUUCGGUAAAAAAAAAAAAAAAUUAAAGUUGCUUGUGCAAAGUUUUGAAGACUGUCGGUAUGGCUAUGGUAGCGUGGAGAACCACGGAGGGCGUCGGGGACUCCCAGGGGACUCUCUCCUCCCCGGUGUCCCAAGUGGCACCUCUGUCUCUUCCCGGUGAACUGACGGGACACAUGAACUCAGCGGCCUCUCUGGAAAUACCCCAGGCAGGAGCGGCUCAGGGAGCACCGCCGCCCAAUCUAUCCGGCGCUUCCGCCGCGUCCACUUCCACUACCACCUCCUCCACGAACAACAACAGCACCUCCUCUUCUUCCUCCUCUUCUUCCUCCUCUUCCAUGGACAAACAGCAGAGCCAGCAGAUCGAGUGCAUCGUCUGCGGGGACAAAUCCAGCGGGAAGCACUACGGACAGUUCACGUGCGAGGGAUGUAAGAGCUUCUUCAAACGCAGCGUCAGGAGGAACCUGUCGUACACCUGCAGGGCCAACAGGAACUGUCCCGUGGACCAGCACCACCGCAACCAGUGCCAGUAUUGCCGCCUCAAGAAAUGCCUCAAAGUCGGCAUGAGGAGGGAAGCCGUGCAAAGGGGCAGGAUACCUACGCAGUCCUACCACGGCCAGUUCGCGCUGACUAACGGGGACCCUCUGCAAUGCCACUCCUACUUGUCCGGGUACAUCUCCCUGCUGCUGCGGGCCGAGCCCUACCCGACCUCCAGGUUCGGCUCCCAGUGCCUGCAGAACAACAACAUCAUGGGGAUUGAGAACAUCUGCGAGUUGGCGGCGCGGAUGCUCUUCAGCGCCGUAGAGUGGGCCCGGAACAUCCCGUUCUUCCCGGACCUGCAGGUGCCGGACCAGGUGGCCCUCCUCCGCCUCACCUGGAGCGAGCUGUUCGUGCUGAACGCCGCCCAGUGCUCCAUGCCCGUCCACGUCGCCCCGCUGCUGGCCGCCGCGGGCCUCCACGCGUCCCCGAUGUCCGCCGACCGGGUGGUAGCCUUCAUGGAUCACAUCCGGGUCUUCCAGGAGCAGGUGGAGAAGCUGAAGGUGCUGCAGGUGGAUUCAGCGGAGUACAGCUGCAUCAAGGCCGUCGUGCUGUUCACCACAGACGCCUGCGGCCUGUCGGACAUGGCCCAUGUGGAGAGCCUCCAGGAGAAGUCCCAGUGCGCGCUGGAGGAGUACGUGAGGAGUCAGUACCCCAACCAGCCCAACCGGUUCGGGAAGCUGCUGCUCCGCCUGCCCUCGCUGCGCACCGUCUCCUCCUCGGUCAUUGAGCAGCUGUUCUUCGUGCGUCUGGUGGGGAAGACGCCCAUCGAGACGCUGAUAAGGGACAUGCUGCUGUCCGGCAGCAGCUUCAGCUGGCCGUACAUGCCCAUCCAGUAGGCAGAAGGCUACAAUGUUACAUCUCCAAUCGAGUGAUUUGGGGUUUUUUUUGUUUUGUUUUGUUUUUUUUCCCCAUGUAACCCAAAAUUUUCUGCCAGAGGAAUGAGAUUAUUUAAAGGUUAAAAAAAAAAAAAAAACAUCAUGGAAUUCUACUAAUUAAUAUCAGCGGUCUGCCUUAUUUUACAAAAAGGGUCCUGAACGAAAUGAAGAACAGGAAAUGAUUUCAAAUCACAGACAAAAUAAAAAAAAACGAAACACGACACAAGUUGACUGCUUAUUUUGGACUGUUAUUUCUUUUCUUUUUUUUGUAAUUGUGACGGUGUAUGGACGCUUUAACAAAACGAUAUUUAUUGGACCUGUGUGUAUAUUUAUCGUGCUUGUAAAUUAUGUUUCCGAUCCUUUUGCUUUCUAAAUGUUGCGUGUGUCGUUUUUUGCCCACGGUCAAUGAGGAAACUGCAGGGAGCCUCUCGUGUGUGUUGAUCUGUUUAUUUCUAAGUUUUUUAUUUGAUUUUUGUCUCUGUUCUUGUUGAUUUCAUACCUUCCAGAAAAAAGCACUUUGGACUCAGUGAAAAAUGGAAAUAUUUACAGCAUUUGUUUUGAACCUUCCACACUAAAGCUCUGACUUAGUGGUUAAUUGUUUUGUCAUGUCCUGGUUAUGAAAUUGUUCUUUUUUUUUAAGAGAGAGAUUACUCCUUUCUUUUUUUAUUUACAAAAAUAUUCUCUUGUAAAAAAAAAAGAAUUGUAGAUACUUCUUGGCCAAAUUUCCUCAUUCUUCUUUUCACGAUUGUGCAGAUAUGACUGUUUGCCUUCUGUGACGAUGUUAAAAGCGGCUCAUUUCUUUUGGGUUUUAGCAGAUAUGUUCAGUUUGCUCCUGAGAUGUUGCGGCUGAGUGAGGCUGACUGUCAGGAAGCUGCCGGGUAUUUUUCUACUCAGAGGGGUUUACGCUCAGACCCCACUCCCCGUCACGUUUAUUUCACUCACACACAAAAAAGAAAAAAAAAAAA